AUGCGGCUCGGCCAGCUGGGGAGCUCCGACAAUCAUUCAACGAACAUGCCAAUGCAGCUUCAAGACCUCACCACAUCCAUGAGAGCGCAAGCUCAAUUUGCGUCCGCCAUGUGGCGCGACCGCACCAAUCUCUACAUAUCCUACCGGCAAUCGUAUGCGCACCACCCAGCAAAGAAGCCAAAAUACAGCAGCAGUGCAUCUGGAAAUGGCUACAGCGACAGUGUUGUCGGGGGCGGGUCCUCGGAACGCCAAGGGCUCAUGUCUGCCGGCGCAUUCGAAGACGACGGCGAUGCUGUGAUUGAGAUGGAUUUGUUACCGCCGAGGUGGGCAGAUAUCAGUGAUGAGGUUACGGAAUACUUGGCCGAUAUAGCGAGCAAGAGCGUGAAGCUAGAGAAGCUACAUCAGAAGCAUGUCCUACCAGGAUUCGAUGAUGAGGAAGUCAAGAGAAGUGAGGAAGCGGAGAUUGAGAGCUUGACGCAAGAUAUCACGCGAGGAUUUCACGAUUGUCAAAAGGCAAUUCAGAGGGUAGAGAUGCUGGUGAGAGAGUCCAGCCAUUCUGGGGGUAUUAGCAAGGGAGAAGAGACCAUGGCGAGGAAUAUCCAGAUAUCUUUAGCGGGCAGAGUACAAGAAGCCAGCGCAGGAUUCAGGAAGAAGCAGAGCGCAUACUUGAAAAAACUCCGCGGACUAAGUGGCAUGAACUCACAAGCCGACCGCGCCUCGACACCCCUCACCAGCAACUUCACCGACCCCUCUUUAAUGGAAUCCGAUGCCGACAAAUCCUACUCCCAAUCCGCACUGCAACAAACAUCUCAAAAACAACUCACCUCCAACGAUGCAGCCAUAAUGCAGCGGGAGCGCGAAAUAAUGGAUAUAGCACAAGGUAUCAUCGAACUCGCCGACAUAUUCAAAGAGCUGCAAGGGAUGAUCAUCGACCAAGGCACGAUGCUGGAUCGGAUCGAUUAUAAUGUGGAGCGCAUGGCAGUGGAUGUCAAGGCCGCGGAUAAAGAGCUGAAGGUUGCAUCCGGGUAUCAGAGGAAGGGGACGAAGCGGAGGAUUAUUUUCUUGCUGAUAUUGCUUGUUAUCGGGAUGUUUAUUUUACUAAUGUUGAAGCCGAGGCGGAGAAAGACAGAGGAGAGUGUACCACCACCACCAUAA